GAGUACACACCAAGGUCCAAUAAAAUACUCCACUUUUUUUCUCUUUCUAUUUCCAUAUAUAUAAAAAUACUCUCACCUCAUUCUUUAUAAACUAUCCAAUUUUUUUUCCUUCUAAACUCUCCCCACUUAAAUCACAACUACACCAAAGUUUAAAGAGAAAAAAAUAAAAAUAAAAAUCCUAUAAAUGAGUAGUGGAGAGAUGAUAAUUGUUUAUAAGGUUAUUUUGGCUACACUUGCAAUUAUCAUCAUAAUUCUUGUUAUCCUACUCUUCAUUUGUUGCAAGAAAAAACCAAUCAAAGCUGAAGAAACUCCUCCAACAAAGCAAGUUCCAUGUUCUUAUUCAUUAAUGGACAUUCAUGAAGCCACGGAUGGAUUCAAUUAUCGAAGAAUCAUCGGUCAAGGACGUAUCGGAAGUGUAUAUAUAGGUAUAUUACCAAAUGGAGAUCAACAAGUAGCUAUAAAAAGGAUCCAUCCGAGGCUCGUAUUGAGUAAUGCUGGCUUUGGUUUCUCAUCGAUGAUGAAAUGGCUUUCUUUAGCUGAUCAUCCUAAUGUCGUGCCAAUUUUAGGGUUUUCUGAGGCUCCUGGGGAAAGAAUCGUGGUAAUGGAAUUUGGAGGUAUGUUGAGUCUUGAUUUUUACUUACAUCAAAAUGAUCGCGAUGGUGGUGGUGGGGUGUCCUUAUUGGAUUGGAAUUGUAGGUUAAGAGUCGCGGCUGGUACUGCUAGAGGAAUAGAAUAUUUACAUGAAGUUAUGGUGCCACAUAUAGUACAUGGUUCCAUUAAACCCUCGAAUAUACUAAUAGAUGUCAAAUUUUGUGCUAGGGUUUGUGACUAUGGUUUGUAUUUUUUCUUGACAUCUUAUGAUAAAAGGCAAUUAGGGUUAAUGGGAUAUGUUGAUGAUGAAUAUUGGAUUGGUAAUGAGAAAAGGGGUUGUUGUAAAGAAAGUGAUGUAUAUGGAUUAGGUGUUGUUUUGUUGGAGUUGUUGAGUGGAAGGAAAUGUGAUCAAGAAAGUUUACUUGUGAAAUGGGCAUUGCCAUUAAUUAAAGAAAUGAAAUUUGGUGAAUUUUUGGACAAUAGACUUAUGUUGCCAAGUGAUGUUAGGCCACUUGUUAGAUUGGCUAAAGUUGCAUUAGCUUGUGUUGGAAAUUCAAGAAAAAGUAGGCCUUCAAUUGUACAAGUUGCUGCUAUUUUGAAUAACUUAGAAGUUGGAUUAUUAUAAGCUUUUGAUUAGUUGUCAAGUCAACAAAACAUUAUUAUUAUGCUUAGGUGGCAUUUGU